AGGUUGCGUUUUUGCCUUCGUGAUGCCAACGCUUGUUCCCGCGUGUUCUGCAUGCAUAUAAAUUAUUUUCUGGCGUUCUUGAGAAACAUAUCGGGGCCUCGGAGCCGCUGACCGUUGUUGUAGAUCGUUACAAAUAGAAGAAUAGCUUGGAAGUUGGAACAUUGCAUGCAGGACUAAGUAAAGAUUCUAGCAAAUAUGUCAGACUCAGAGUCAUCAGACAGUGACUUUGAAAACGCCCUUCUGGAGGCUGAUGAUCCAGACUAUGUCGAGUCUGAUGAAAAUACAUCAUCGUCUGAUGAAGAAAAAGGUGCCGCCCCAAAGAUAAAGCGUGCAGACCCCGUGAGGAUAUGGACUGUAUCAUCAUCAUCACACGUGGUGCCCAUGGGCGGAGCAGGGAGCCUGUCCACGGCUGGACAGGUCAAGCGAGGUCAUCGAGGGUCUGCUGCUUCCAGGAAGAGACAGAAACAAGGAUGUGCCACCGCAUCUAGGAGCACAGCAGUCGAGGAGGAGAGCGAGGAGGAAGAAGAUGAUGAAGAUGACUAUUGUGAGGAAGAGGAGGAAGAAGAUAGUAGUAGUAAGGAGGAGGAAAAUCUGACAUGCAAGUUCUGCUCGGAAACGUUUCAGUCCAAGUUACUUCUGGAGAGCCACCAGUGUAGAGAAGCCACCUACUACUGCAAGAUCUGUUACAUGGAAAGCACCAGACCACGACAGUACGCCCUGAUGCCGCUCUCUGUGGCCGAGCGCCAUUUCUACGUCCACUUCCACCAGGGUUUCCUCGGGAACAAGAAUUCGACAAGGACGGAUCGUAUCUCAUUCAAGUUUCAAGUACCAGAAGAGUUGAGAGGGAAGACUUCUUUUAUAAACUCUGAUGAUGACAUUGCCCAACUGAAGGACCUGUACAUCGGUACUCUCCAGACAGAGGAUGACGAAAAGCCACACAGCUGUGGUUUAUGUGGGGUGAGGUUCUCCCUACCUGGCCCCCGCUCCUGGCAUGUCACCAAAAUUCACUUGGAACACAAAAUUCGAAAGUGUGGAGGUGCAGACUGUUCGAAGCUCACUUUUAAUACCAAAGACAAGCUUCUCCGCCACAUGUUCGAGGCUCACUGCGACCUGGAAGUGAAGGAAAGGUACUGGAAAUGUAGCAUCUGUACCAUGCAGUUUCAGGACAGAACAGACCUGGAGUGGCAUUUCUACUGGCACAUGAAACCAGCUGUGAAGAUCGGAGCGGCAAGUCAGAAAUACUCCCAGGGCCGCCCGCCAAGCCAAGGUGGCUCAAAGGAUGCGGGCAGGCCUCAGUUCAGGUGCACCAUAUGCAGCUACGAGACCAUUGAGAGCACAAAGGUGCCGCUGUACACGUCAGCAGAGGCGCACGACCACCUAGCAUGGCAUUGGCAGAACCAACGUCCGCCUGAACUGCCUGCAUCUCCCACCUUAAACUUCGACAAAGACUCUGGCGCAAUCCACCGUUUGUACAUGAUACCAUUUUCAUCCAACCUCCCCGUGACUUGCAAGUUUUGUGGCAUGAACAUCACAGUAGAGGCAACCUGCAAACACCUGGAGUCUUACCACAAACACAUGAUCAUGGAUCCCCACUGCUGCAUGCGUGCAGAGUGCAAACAUCUGCAGUUCAGCGAGAAACUGGACUUCUUCGAUCACAUGUUCUCACAGCACGUCACGAUUGUUAAGAAGAAUAAAGGUUACAAGUUUUUGUGUCAGAUCUGCAAGAAGACAUGUAACAACCGAAGCGAGGCUGAGUGGCAUUGCUAUUUCCACAGGAAAAGGGGAGACAAGUGAAUAUGACUGUUACUUAGUAUCGGGUUUACUGAAGAAUGUCAUCCACAAUCGACCACGGCCAAGAGAGACACAGGGACACGUGGGUCCUUGUCCUUUAUAAGGUCUAAUUCACACCCCAUGUCCUACUGUACUGGUGACUCAGACACAUGUCCUACGCCCAUACAACCUUCUCAGACAUAACAUGCCUCAGACUACUUACUACAUGUACCAGUACAGUAUAUGAAAAAAAUUAUAACCUUGAAGCACUAAUACCCAAUGUCUGUAAUGAAAAUUGAUACUGUGUGUGGCUUUAUGUAACAUUGCUUGUUAAUUUAAUAACCAUAACUACAUGUAUAGGAAACUUAGUGGGCAUUAUUACAAGACAGACAAGUGCCCAGAGCAACAUGUGAAUUCUUAAUAGUGGGUAAAGCAUGUAGGAACUGUACAUGAUAUUGUACAGGAAUAUUAAGAAAAAUGCUAGUUUUGAUGGUGCAAAUGUGGCGAAUUUAAGAUAUUGCUUGCAUUGUAUUGAUGUAUAAA